AUGGGCUACGCGUUCACUUAUCCACUCGUGAAACUGGUUGGAGGGAUUAAAGUUGCCGCAUAUGUGCAUUACCCAACUAUAAGUUCAGAUAUGCUCAAAAAAGUACAAGCACGACGUCCAGCAUUCAAUAAUAAUCAACGAAUAACAAGUAGUAUUAUAUUCAGUUACGGGAAGUUAAUAUACUAUUACGCAUUCGCAUUUCUUUAUGGAUUAUCGGGUGGCCUAUUUACAGAUAUAGUAAUGGUAAAUUCAAGCUGGACCAAAAAUCACAUUGAUCAAAUAUGGCGGAUUGAUAGUCAUAUUGUGUAUCCGCCAUGUGAUACUGAUGAACUAGUAACAAGGAUAAAAUUUGAGAAUGAAGAAUUAGCACGUGAGCGCGCUGUCGUCAGUGUUGCUCAAUUUCGGCCAGAAAAAGAUCAUUAUCUCCAAUUACUAUCAUUUCACAAACUAUUGACAGAUCAUCCAGAAUUACGCGAUGGUCCCAACAAAGAAAAUGUUCUCUUUGAAAUUAAUGCGCCAUUCUCAAAAUUGGUGGAUUGGCUUUCUCGAGGACUGAUUGGGAUACAUACGAUGUGGAAUGAACAUUUUGGGAUUGGCGUGGUUGAAUACAUGGCGGCGGGCCUCAUAACCAUUGCUCAUAAUUCAGGGGGACCAAAGAUGGACAUUGUGGUAGACCACAAUGGAUACAAAACCGGAUUUCUCGCAACAGAUCCACAAACAUAUGCUGACGCAAUUUACACAAUCCUCUCACUAUCACCAGAUGAGUACAACACUAUACGCGUAAAUGCCAGAAAUCAUGUGGUUAACAAGUUUUCCGUAAGUGUGUUUGAGGAGAAGGUUUCUGCUUUGUUGAGAGAAUUGUUAUAA